CUAAUUAAAAAAGCACAUCCAGAAACUGGCAAACAGCAAGCACGAAUGCGAUAAAAAGCUCCAUGCCAUAAAAAAGUGAAUAAUACAAAAAAAAAAUCAAUUUGCGCCUGAACAAAGCCACAGUCAGCUAGCUGUACAUAUACACGUUAUAUCUACCUUUGUGUAUAUGUAAAAACAUGCAAUAUCUUAAAAGCCCACUAUAGAAAUAAACUAUUCGUCUACAACAACAGCAUUUAAUCGCAUUUGUGACACUUACACUUGAUAAAAUCAUAGCACAGCUCUAAAGCCUAUCAACCAAGUAAAAUUAACUACAUAAUUUAUUAGUUGCGACUCAUAAAUAGGCUUUGAAGUAAGCUUUCGAUAGACUUUCAACGUAUACGAAGGAAAUAAAGUUAUUUGGAAAAUCAGUCAAUGAGAGAGCUUUGGCAGUACGAUGCGAAAGUGUUGGUAAUUUUUAGCCUACGGUUGACGGCUACUUAUUGGAAUUGGACACACCUUCUCUGGCAACCUGUAUAAUUUACUGUAAUUGUGUGGCGUGCACUGCACAAAGAGCCAAGAGGUACAACAAACAAAGUGUGGUUGCCUAGCAUAGAACGAUUAUCAAAGUAUCUAACGUUGUUGUAGUGUUUUCACAAUCAGUACAAGUGUCAACAUCGCUGCUGUUAGACAAAUGCCUUACAUUAUUAUACGCGGAAACUUAGCAUCAUACAGCCAUAAAUAUCCGUGGCGUGUGUUAGUCUCCGGACUUAAAGCGGAUGAAAUUGAGCAGUUGAAUAAAUUUUCGUGCGGCGGUUAUAGCGAUGAGACAACAAUAGUAUAUCUGGUACAUCCAUGUAGAAUCUUAUCUGCGCUUGAGAUUUUAGGCUUUCGUGUAGUCGCCUCUUCAUCAACAGCCGUUAAACAGGACUACAACGAGUAUAUGUGGACGAUGCGAAAAGAAUUCCAUGAACCAGAGCCUCUCGAAACAGAAUCCGUUGUACGUGAGAAUCUUUCGAAUAUAGGACGUGAAGCAGCAGGCCUAGGCAACUACCAUAAGGUCGAUUCGCCCGAAUAAGAAAGCGGUUAAAGUAAUCAAAUACAACAAAUCGAAAUCAGAUAUCUGGCGCCUGAUCUCCGUCUACGGAAAUUCAUACAGGGAGAAUAAUUCAAGAAGCAAGUAAGCAGUAAAAAAACUAGAAAACACACGACUUCGAAGUUUCGCGAAAAAGUAAACAAAAA